AUGUAUCGCGUGUACUACACGGAUCAGCCCAAACUGCCACUGGCCACCUGGCAGGUCAAGGUGUUGUCCGUGGACCAUGCCCUUGGUUCCCCGAGCCCCUACGAAGCCUCAACCGGAGAUGUUGAUACUAACCGUCCGCCCAGCCAUCUCACCUUGAUCACCCAUCUGCAAUCAAAUGCCACUUACUACAUCCGCAUAAGUGCAUCUAACGCCAAGGGUGACGGUCCACCCUCGGCAGCCUACCCCGUCAUCGUCAGACCCGGAGGUGAGUUGGCAACACUCUUUGUUGGACAGAGUCCUCGCCCCCUACCACCACAACCACCACCACCCCUAUCCCCGCCCAGCACACAUACCGGUUUAACCAGGCACUUGCAUGUGAUUAUGUACCGAAUGUAA